AACUUCUAACAAAGCAAGUCAAUUUAUUUACCAACAUUUUGACCUUUGCUAGCCGAAAUGUCAUUUACGAGUAUGAAACAGGGUAGGGAUUCUCCGGCGACUUUUGCGCGGAUGUCUGGAACUGAUGAGCAGGAAGCCCCCCACAUGGCAAUCAGGAGCGUCAGCUUGCGUACCGUUGCACCAGCGUGCACCCGGGAAGAGUUGCAGCCUAUCCUCCCCUCUAACUCCUCCUCCAAUCCCAGUUUUGCGGAGGAUAAUAGUUUCAACAACACUUGUAGUGACGAGGAUUCUAAACUCCUGUUUCCCUGUUGGACGCCUCUGCUUACCCUGUCCGUGUUCGCGGCUGUCUUGGGCGGCGCCGUUCCAAUUGGCUUCAACUUGCUCAUUUUUUCAACCUUUCAAGUGAAUUUGAAGAAGUUUCUGUCUUCCACUCUGCAAAAGGAGCAACUGAUUCACUCGCAUUGGAGUACAAGGGAUGUGUUCAACCUAGUCUCCUGGACACUCUACUUGUUCAUCCCACUGGGAUGUGUGGUGGGGGCAUUCUUAGGCAACAGACUGGGUCGCAAAUGUGGGUUCUACUUCAACUCUGUCAUUCUGUUCUUGGGAGGAUCUUGUCUGUUUCUCUCAGUCCAGCUCAACAAGUGGCAGCUGCUUAUUAUCGGUCGGGCAGUCACAGGAGUGUUUGUGGGUUCGAGUUCGGUGGUGACCAACAUCUACUUGAGUGAAGUGUCUCCGAGGUAUGCGAGGGGUACCAUCGGAGUCCUCUUCUACGUCGGAGUCCAGAUCGGAUUCAUCAUCUCCACCUUCCUCGGCAUACAGACCAUACUCCCACUCAUAGAUGACAACACGAAUACGUGGCACUACAUAUUCUCCCUGCCCCUCAUCACAGCAACUGUUCACUCAGUCCUGCUCCUAUUCUGCCCCGAGAGUCCCAGCUACCUGAUGAUGGGGGGUGGGUGCAGCAGUGGCAGUAGUAGUGGCGGCAGUGGCAACUCCAGCAGCAAGGGUGCCAGGAGGGCCCUGAAGAGUCUGAGAGGCAUGCGGGUGGCUGUGACUUCACUCAAUGCAGAACUGUACUUACUAGAGAGGGAGUCUCAGAAUGAGAAAGUGUCGCCUAAACUCACAUUCGCACAAUUCAUCACCCUACGCCAUCUGCGGACUCCACUACUUCUGGCUUUGCUCCUUGGGGUUGGCUGCCAGACUAGUGGAGUGACGUCAUCCACAGUAUUCCACUCUGGGGACCUCUACCAAGAACUGGUCAACGAGACAGAACAGACAGAGUACUUGAGGGAUCCAGAGCAGCUGUUUGGACUGGUGUUGUUGUCCUGCCAGACAUUCGGAUCUCUCUUGUGCAUGGCAUGUAUUGAGAAGCUGGGAAGAAAACCUACUCUUAUCAUUUCUUUCCUUCUCAUGGCCUCGUGUCUCACUGCUAUUGGAUUCCUGAGAUCCGGAAUGCCUCAAACAUCAGGAGAAACAUCAUGCCCGAAAACAGUUGAUAUUUCUCCCAUUCCUAACGUCUAUUACAUCACACUAGCUCUCCUCUUUAUUUUAUGCAUGUCUUUUGGAAUGGGUGCUGGACCACUGCCUUGGCUGCUAGUUCCAGAGAUGUUCACUUUCACCGCUAGAGGGCGAGCAGUUUGCAUGGCCAACAUGCUCAAUUAUCUCACUCUAUUCGGAUUCUUAUGUGCAUCUGAGUACAUUACACACGACUUAUGCGGGUAUAUUUUCUGGGCCUUUGGAGUGAUUUGUGCCAUCUGGGUGGUUUAUGUGGCUUUUGCUCUGAGGAAGAUGGACAAACUGUCCAGUUUGGACAUCAGCCGGAUGUUCACUUUAGGCAGCAAGCGGUCUUCUAAUCGGUCUACACUUUCUCACAGUACAAACUUCUACACACAAACUGCUUCUAUGAACAGAAAUGACCCGUUAAUGAUGUUCCGAUGACACCGUAUUAAUUUCUUAUAAAAAUCAAAAAACAAUAAUAAAA